AUACUGAAGAUAAUUAAGCAAGGUUUCUAAUUUAUAAAAUUUAUUUUCAGAUAAAAUGCCAACGUAUGAACUAACUCUAAUAAUGCGAAAGAUGGCCCGGCCUCAAAUGGUUGAAUCUUUAAAGCGCGUAGGUCAACAUUUGUACGACACUGGUGGAUUUAUAAGGAAAGUUGAAUCGCAUGGUGUACGAAAAUUACCAAAUAUUAAGGUCCGAGAUGGAGAGAAACACAAUGAAGGAUUAUAUUUUAUGGUGAAUUGUGAUCUAAAGACGAAUAGUAUUCCCACCAUUAUGGACGAAUAUAACAGAGAUAAAGAUAUAAUACAGAAGUAUAUAAUUGCCGCCGAUGAGCCUGUUGUAUCUUGUCCCCAGAACUACGACGACGAGCUCCUGCCACCGGCCGAACGACCGUCUGUUAACGAACUCAUAAAAACUGGUCGUCGGCCGCCUAAAUUCCGUAAAGUGUGGAAGGACAAAACUGGAUUGGAUUACUAUCCUUUCCAUAGAUAACUUUUUUCCAUUAAAAUUUUAACAAUUUUUUCAUUAGAUUUUAUUAGAUAAUAUCUCAUAUCUUGAGUUUUGAUGAAACAGAACAGAAACAUUGUGGAGAAAUUGAUUUGUAACUUCACAAUUUUCUAAUUUCA